UGGACUGGUCCUCUCCAACAUCCACACAAGCAUCCCUCACACACGCAUACACAUACCCACACGCCGAAACACGCAAAAACACGCAUACUCGGUCAUUUAAACGAAGCAGACCUGGAAAACGGUGCUCGCUUCAAUUUGCGCUCCUCAGACGGAUUCCCGGCGUGGACAUUUUUUUUGUUCCUCUUCUUUAUUUUCAUCACAGCCUCCGUAGACCUGUCUCAUGUGUCCCUCUUGGCGCAUAGCGCCCUGGCAGUGCUUAUCUAUGCCGAACCGAGACACAUUCUGGCUGAAAUAGGCAAUCGGUGAAUGGGAAACAGACGCACGGAGCCAUCGCCACCUCCCCCCCCUAUCUCGACACACACACACGUGCGCCUUUCCAUCGGUGAGGUUUGCGCACCCGAGAGCGGACCCGGUGUGUGCGCUCAGCCGGGCCGGGCGCGCGUCGUCUGGGAGGAGUAGACGGGAUGGAGUCGUUUUUCACAGAGGGGGCCCGGGUUUGGGUCAGGGAGAAGGAGCAGCUGCUUCCAGCCACUGUCAACUCCUGUGGAGAUGGAACCCUCGUGGUCACAACAGACUAUGGAGAGGUGUUUUACCUACAGCAGGCCGAGGUUACGAGGGAGCGGGUGUACGCCAUGGACCAGUCCAGUAUCGACGGGGUGGAGGACAUGUCGGCGCUGGCUGAGCUGCACGAGGCUGCAAUCAUGCACAACCUUUACCAGCGCUACCAGAAGGAUAACAUUUACACCAAUAUUGGAAGCAUCCUGGCUGCUGUCAACCCAUAUAAACAGAUCCCUGGUCUGUACGAUCUGGAGAGGGUGGACUCGUACUCCAAGCACCAUCUGGGGGAGCUCCCCCCGCACAUAUUUGCCGUGGCCAAUGAAUGCUACCGCUGCAUCUGGAAGCGCCACGACAGUCAGUGUGUCCUCAUAAGUGGUGAAUCAGGGGCGGGGAAGACGGAGAGCACUAAACUGCUGCUGCAGUUUCUGUCGGUGAUGAGCCAGAACUCAGUUGGGACUCCUCAAUCAGAGAGAACGACGCACGUGGAGCAAGCCAUUGUUCAGAGCAGUCCGAUAAUGGAGGCUUUUGGGAAUGCAAAGACCGUUUACAACAACAACUCCAGUCGUUUUGGGAAGUUCAUCCAGCUUCACUUCUCGGAGUGCGGAAACAUCCAUGGAGGCUGCGUCAUUGACUAUUUACUGGAAAAGAAUCGCGUCGUGCGACAAAACCCUGGAGAGAGAAACUACCACAUCUUCUAUGCUCUGCUGGCAGGAGCCAGUAAAGAGGAUAAAAGCCUUUACUUCCUGGAGGAGCCGGCUGAAUCUUUCCACUACCUCAGCCAAUCAGGAUGUCUGCAGGAUAAGAGCCUGAAUGACAAAGAACUGUACAACAGUGUUAUGGAGGCGCUGAAGGUUUUAGGGUUUGCAGAAGAAGAGAUCAGAGACAUGUUCAAGCUGCUGUCUGGAGUCCUGCAGCUCGGCAACAUGGAGUUUAUGCUUGCAGGAGGAGCUCAGAUCACCACCAAGCAAGUGGUCAGUAACGCCAGUGAACUGUUGGGUCUGGACGCCUUCCAACUCUCUGAAGUCCUGACUCAGCGAUCCAUAAUUCUCAGAGGAGAGGAAAUCUGUUCCCCUCUCACUAUUGAACAGGCCAUUGAUUCCAGGGACUCUGUUGCAAUGGCGUUGUAUUCCCAGUGUUUCUCCUGGAUCAUCCUCAAGAUUAAUCAGAAGAUCAAAGGAAAGGAAAAUUUCAAAUCCAUUGGCAUCCUUGAUAUCUUCGGCUUUGAAAAUUUUGAGGUGAAUCGGUUCGAGCAGUUUAACAUCAAUUACGCCAACGAGAAGCUUCAGGCCUACUUUAACAAGCACAUCUUCUCCCUGGAGCAGCUGGACUACAACAGGGAAGGUGUUCAGUGGGAUGCCAUUGACUGGAUGGACAACGCAGAGUGUCUCGACCUCAUAGAGAAGAAACUCGGCUUGUUGGCACUAGUGAACGAAGAGAGUCGAUUCCCCAAAGGAACAGACUUCACUCUGCUGGAGAAGCUGCACAGCAGACACGCUACAAACCCAUACUAUGUGAAGCCCAGAGUUGCAGAUCAUCAGUUUGGAAUCAAGCAUUAUGCUGGAGAGGUGCUGUAUGAUGUGAGGGGGAUCUUGGAGAAGAACAGAGACACGUUCAGGGAUGACAUCCUGAACAUGCUCAAGGACAGCAGGCUGGACUUCAUCUAUGACUUGUUCGAGAAGGUCGGCAGCAGAAACAACGAGGAGAAGAUGGGGACAGCCAGACGUAAACCCACAGUGAGCUCGCAGUUCAGGGACUCCCUCCAUGCUCUCAUGGCCACUCUUAGUGCAUCCAAUCCGUUCUUUAUUCGCUGCAUUAAGCCCAACAUGGAAAAGACUCCGAAUGUGUUUGACCCCGAGAUCGUCCUGAACCAGCUAAGAUAUUCGGGGAUGUUGGAGACAGUGAAGAUCCGUCGAGCUGGGUUCCCCGUUCGCAGAACGUUCAAAGACUUUUUCUCACGGUAUAAAAUCAUCUUAAAAGACAAGGUACCAGCAGCAGGGGAUGAUAAGAAAAGAAGUUCUGAUCUCUUAACUAAAUAUGAUAAGACCAAGAAAGAGUGGCAGCUGGGAAAGACCAAGGUGUUCAUGAAAGAAUCUUUGGAGCAGCGUUUGGAGAAAGACAGGGAUGAAGUCCGGCGUCAAGCCGCCAUGAUAAUCCGAGCCCAUCUACUCACUUUCUCCGCAAAGAAGCGUUUCAAACAGAUUCGCUCCAGCAUCGUCAUUCUGCAGAAACACUUGCGAAGGCACGUCCAGCGCAGGCAGUUUGUCAAGAAGCGCAAGGCGGCGCUGGUGCUGCAGAAACAUAGGCGAGGCCAGGUGGCCCGCACCCGGGUUCGAAAGCUCAAAGAAGAGAAGAAGAAGAGGGAGGAGGAGCAAAGGAAGGCAGAGGAGGUGGAGAAGAAGAAGACGGGUGAAGAGGAAAAAGAAGAGGGGACCGAAGAAGCAGACAAGAAGGAUGAAGCUCGUCAAAUGGAGGAAAUCCUCCAGUUGGAAAGAGAGAUCGAGCGCUUGCAGAAAAAGCGAGAGGAUGAGGUGUCGCAGCUCUGCGAGUCCUCGAAACAAGAGCUGCAGUUGCGUCGGGAUGCUGAGCUCAAGCGGAUGAAAAAGGAGGCGUCCCGGAAAGCGACUGAGCUCAUCGACCUCCUGAACUUCGGGGGCGUGGAUCCUUCUGCGGAGGCAGUAGGAGCCAAGCCUGCGGCGGAGGUGAAAGCUGCAAAAGGGGCGAGCACAGCUGGAGGGGCAUCUAAAGAAGAGGAAGUCGACGAGGGCUUCCAUGCUGAGGAGGAGUGCAUCCCCCUGCCGGACUUCCCUCCUCCUGCUGAGUCUGAUGCUCCAAUAGAUCAGGACAUAUUAGUUCAUCUGCCUCCUCCACCACCGGCGUUUGCAGAGGGAACAGUCCCCCCCGCACCUCCUCCUCCUCCUCCACUCCCAGCAGACGGCAUCCCUGCCGCUGGAAUUCCUCCGCCGCCUCCGCUCCCCACACCUGGAGACGGGACCACCAUCCCUCCGCCACCGCCUCCUCCAGGGGAGGGAGAAACAAAAGAAGAAGCCAAGGCAGACUCAGAGAGGAAAGUGAGCAUGGUGGAGAGCCUCGUAGAUGGAGAGGAGCCCAUCUACAGCAUGCCGGCCGACACAGAGUCGGACUACGACCAGGAAGACGAGGAGGGGUCUGUCACCGCUGGGGACGACAGCUCAGUCUCCGGAAGCAACCGCGGGAGCGCUGCCGUGACGGAUGAGGAGCACCCCAGGAAGUCGACCUGCACCAACACCAGCGUGGAGUCCUACAGAGGCAGCUCUGACUCUGUGAGGACACACACUCACUCGCGUUCUCACAUGCGUGCACGCAGACAUUACGCAGACAGUGAAGAUGAACAUGAUGGCAUUAUGGACACUGAUGAAGAGGUGACGAAUGGGCGAGUGACUUUGCUCAAUGGGAAUGGGCCACCGUAUUUCCAUGGUUACCUCUACAUGAAGGCUGGUCUGAUGAUUCCGUGGAAGAGGCGUUGGUGCGUAUUAAAAGAUGAGACGUUCAUGUGGUUCCGGUCCAAGCAGGAGUCCCUGAAGUCUGGGUGGCUCUACAAGAAGGGAGGAGGACUCUCCACUCUUUCCCGGAGGUUGAACUGGAAGAUGCGCUGGUUCGUUCUGCGAGACAACAAGCUGAUGUACUACGAGAACGACAGCGAGGAGAAGCUGAAAGGAACCAUCGACAUCCGAGCGGCCAAGGAGAUCGUGGACAACCAUGAAAAAGAGAACGCUCUGAACAUUGUCACAGACGAGAGGACGUACCAAGUGUUUGCUGAGUCGCCAGAAGAUGCAAGUGGAUGGUUUAAUGUGCUAAGUAAGGUGAGAGUGUGCACACCUGAACAGCUGUUGGACAUGUCCCAUGAACAGGCCAAUCCUAAAAAUGCUGUUGGAACUCUUGAUGUAGGCCUGAUUGACUCUGUUUGUGCGUCCGACAACCCUGAUCGCCCAAAUUCAUUUGUGAUCAUCACGGCCAACCGGGUGAUCCACUGCAACAGCGACACACCCGAGGAGAUGCAUCACUGGAUCAGUCUGCUGCAGAAGCCCAAAGGAGAUGCCAGGAUAGAUGGACAGGAGUUCCUUGUAAGAGGUUGGCUCCACAAGGAGAUGAAGACGAACGCUAAGAGCACGUCCCUAAAGCUGAAGAAGCGCUGGUUUGUUUUGACCCACAACUCUCUGGAUUACUACAAGAGCGCAGAGAAAAACUCCUCCAAGAUGGGGACGCUGGUCCUUAACUCACUCUGCUCUGUCAUCCAGCCGGAUGAACGGGUGCACAGGGAAACUGGCUACUGGAACAUCAUUGUGUACGGGAGGAAGCACUGCUAUCGCCUAUACACCAAAAUGCUGAAUGAGGCCAUGAGAUGGACGGCUGCAAUCCUGGGAGUCAUAGAAAGCAAAACUCCGAUCGAAACUCCGACUCUGCAGCUCAUCAGAGAUAUCAAGGAGAACAGUGUGAACCCAGAGAUAGUGGAGCAGAUGUACAGGAGAAACCCAAUCCUCAGAUACACUCAGCAUCCACUGCACUCCCCUCUGCUGCCGCUGCCGUACGGAGAGGUCACCAGCUUGCAUAGGCAGCAGGGCUACGCCAGUCUGCAGGAUGAGGCUGUGAGAGUUUUCAACUCGCUGCAGGAGAUGGAGACGCUGGCAGACACGGUGCCCAUCAUUCAGGGCAUCCUGCAGACCUGCCAGGAUCUGCGCCCUCUCAGGGAUGAGGUUUAUUGUCAGGUGAUCAAGCAGACCAAUCAUGUGCCUCAGCCUAACAGCCCAGCCAAUCUGGCACAUUGGCACCUACUCACCUGCAUGAGCUGCACCUUCCUGCCCAGUCGAGCCAUCCUCAGAUACCUCCGCUUCCACCUCAAAAGGGUACGCGAGCGUUAUCCCGGCACAGAGAUCGAGCGUUAUGCCAGCUUCAUUGGGGAGUCGCUGAAGAAGACCAAGACUCGUGAGUUUGUUCCGUCCCAGGAGGAGAUAGCGGCCCUGCUGCUGAGGCAGGAGAUGAGCACCACCGUCUACUGCCAUGGAGGAGGCUCCUGCAAGAUCUCUAUUAACUCACACACCACAGCUGGAGAGGUUGUUGAGAAGCUCAUCAGAGGUCUGGCCAUGGAGGACAGCAAGAACCUGUUUUCUCUAUUCGAACACAACACUUUCACAGACCGAGCACUCGAGAGCAGAGUGAUUGUGGCGGAUGUUCUGGCCAAGUUUGAGAGACUGGCAGGAAGUGAAGAAGAUGAGGAGGAGGGAGAGUGGAAACUGUAUUUUAAACUUUACUGCUUCCUGGAUGUAGAGAGCAUGCCCAAAGAGGGAGUGGAGUUUGCUUUCAUGUUUGAACAGGCCCAUGAGUCUUUAAUCAGCGGCCACUUUCCAGCUUCAGAGGAGACGUUACAGCACCUUGCAGCUUUGCGUCUUCAGUAUCUCCACGGCGACGGGGCGGGGCGGGCUGGAUGGAGCCUGGGAAGCGUCUAUCCGAUCGGACGCCUUCGGAAUCGCAUCUUGCAAUCCACUAAGCCUGGGGUGGGCGUAGUGGGCGGAGCCGGGUCAAGAGGCAGUGGAGGAAUCGGAGACGUGAUCGGCACCAUUGGAGGACAGGGCGGGAUCGGGGCCAGCACGGAGAAACGAAAGACUCCGACCUUCAGGGAUUCCUCCCUCAGGAAAAGCAAAACGGGUUCACUGAAGAAGCAGAAGGUGGAAGGGGAGCAGAGGCUGGAGAUGUGGGUGAAGGAGGAGACAUCUGCGACGCGCACCAGCAUCCUGGAGAAGUGGGCCCGUCUGCAGGGCAUGCCACAGCACCAGGCCAUGCUCAAGUACAUGGGCAUCAUCAAGGAGUGGCCCGGAUAUGGCUCCACUCUCUUUGAUGUAGAGUGUAAAGAAGGAGGUUUCCCGCACGACCUGUGGCUGGGUGUGAGCGCUGACAAUGUUUCUGUGUACAAGCGAGGAGAACCGAAACCGCUGGAGACCUUCCAGUAUGAGCACAUCACCUUCUUCGGAGCCUCGCAGCCCUGCACCUAUAAGAUCAUCGUGGAUGAGAGGGAGAUGUACUUCGAGACGCCACAGGUCGGGGAGAUCACCAAGAUCAUGAAGGCCUACAUCAACAUGAUGGUGAAGAAACGUUGCAGCAUCAUGUCCGUUACCAGCGUGGCCAGUUCCUGGGCCAGGUGAUCGCCAAACCACGUCCCUCGCUCCAUCCGUCCAGCAGGAAGCGGCUCCUGUGUCGGCCACGUUAGUGUUUAGGUCUUGAGGAUGGCGGUUGCAGCAGCCAGCAAAUCCAACAGGCUGAGUCGACUGAAAUUAAAAGGCGUGUCAAAAGCGAAACCGGGAGACAUGGAAAGAUGGGAACUCUCCUGGCCGGAGUUCUACUUGGGAUUAAAACGAGCAUGGCAGAGAAAAUCAUUAGUAGUGUUGGACGUUCCCCUGAAAUACGCACCCCCCCUUCACCCUCAGCUGUAGUAAAUGAUGUAGAUGUUCAAGCACACCACAAACCGCUCCCCGUUUUCCCCUUUUUUUGGAGAAUGAAGAAAAAAAAAUGAAGAAAAUAACGAAAAACAAGCACAAAUUAUCCACCCAGUCUCACCCAGUUGUUUGCUUCUCAUUCUUCCAAUUUUAAAUCUCUCUCUUUCACUUCAUGUUUUAUUUAUUCUCAUGACAUCUUGUUUCUGUUGCCAGUAAGGUUUUACUCUUGUUCUUGCUUGCGUUUUUGAUGUCUUUUUUCAAAAGUUUAUCUUUAAUGUCUGCAUUAUUACUUUUCAGUGAAAGUACAGAAUAAUAAUCAUUAUUUGGGGGGACCGAGACCUCCCUUCCCCACGUUGCGUUCACGUGCUCACUCGUUAGCGCCACCGUGUGGCCACCAGUAAAACACAGCGACAGCAAGUGGUUCUGAGUUUUAUGAAGAGGUUCGAGGUGGUUCGUUGGACGUUUGCUUGACAUGAGGAGUCUGUGCAGGGUUUAUGUACAUUUGGCUCAACAAAAAGACUAAUAUCUAUUUAUGUGAAAAUAUAACGCAGCCUGCAUUGAUCUGUAUAGUCACGAUUUAUGUACACAUGAACUAAACAAAUGUAUCAUUUUGUAUGAUUCACAGACAUAUUGCAAAGUGUUUUUGGAUUUAUUUGUUUUGGUGGCUACUGCACUGUAAAGCCUAUAGAUGCCAUACCUAACACAAUGUGACGCGUGUCAUGUAAAAUACGUGCAGCAGAUUAGUGUAAUAAUGACCACUGUGUGUCUGGGGAUUAAGACGCCAAUGCUGUGCACCAUUCACUGGCUGUGGCAUCAUUGUGACUCACUGGAAAGUAAAAAAAGGAGCAGAAACACAGGCUUUACUGCCGCCUGCUGCUAUCCAGCUCUUGUCUUCACAGUCACUGACCAGUCGACCAUUUUCAUUGUUUGCUGGAGUCGCACUCCCACUUUACCUUGAGCCAUAAAAUACUGUAUAGCCUUGUCUGCUCAAACAGAUCUUUUUUUGUUUUUGUUUUUUUGUUACUGAGGAUAUCAGGACAGAUGCAUCAGUGAAUUAGAACAUCAUCAAAAAGGAUGAUUACGACUAA